UCGCUUCGCGUGAAAGGAAGAGGAAGUCAAUGUGUACAGUGCAAUUAUACCGAUAAAAAUUGUGUGCCACCGCUCGCGCGGGUCUCUCUCGUGAGCGAGGAACGGUCGAAGCGACCUCGCGGACUCUACGCGGCGUCGUGGCUGUUGAUCAACUUCCAUAUCGGCGAGAAGAGUUGCGGACUUGUGAGAGUUGACGUUCGCCAUCUUGAGCCGUCGUCAGACGCCAAAAGGGAGGGAACUGUCAAGCCGCGGACCCCCGUCCCUUUGUCGCGGUUGCGAUCGCGCGGGCCCCGCGCGGAUUGCGGGACGAACGGGCAGAACAUUCCGACCAAUAUAAUUCCCGCGCCUUAUAAUCCAACAAUCAACUCUCUUGCAGAGCGCAGGAUCGAACAAGUAGACAACAUCGGACAACGUCGUUGGUCUCUCUCUGGUCGCGGAGGAAAAGUCUCGGCGCGUUCGCUCUCUCACUGACGUGGUUAGAAUUUAUAGCUGCGUCGGUGUCAUAACAACGCCUGUGUGUACUGUGCGAGAUACCUGAAGACGUAAAGAUCGCGGCAUUGUCGCGUUUAAGGUCACCGAGAGGCGUCCAUUUUUUUCGAAAACAAGACGCGCGCCACGAUACGAGACCUUUAAACGAAAAUUCUGAAAAGAAAAUUUGAGAGGAACAGGAACGGAAACAAAUCAAUGUUGUUCGCUCGCAAAUACCCAACGAACGUGCCAAAAUCACCCUUACGCGCUCGUUCAUAACAGUAAAUACGCGAAUUGUCGCGAAAAAAAAUUCUUUUUCCAUUGCGUGAUUCAUCCGAAUUAUUCAGAGUUUGGAGUUGAAGUGAUAAAAAAAAAUUUUGGAGAAAGGAUAAUUGCGAGAGAAGAAGAAACGGAAGGAGAGAAGUAAUACGUGCGAAUAGUUACGCUGGUGUGUAAAAAUGUGACGGAGUUGUUCCAGGCCAAGUGGUUCUGAGGGAUGUUGAACCUCCUUGCGGGUAGGAGAAUCGCGAGAAACAAAAGGAUCUCUCGUAUGUACGUCAAACAUAUUUUAAAUGGAAAAUGAAAAGAAUGACUCUGCAAAUAUGAAAUGUCCGGCUGUACAAGAGAUAGACAGGAGUAAUAUGCUUGAAAAUCAAUUGUUAAAUGAUGAGAUGGAUAAUCCCGAUGAAAGAUAUAAACAGGGCAUGUUAACAGAGGAAGAAGGUUCUAUGGUAUCCAAUCUUCCUCUCUUAUUUGCUGAUGGAUAUCCCACAUCUCUGGAGAAAAUCACAAUGGCGCAACUUGAACGAUUUAUAUUGUUCAUGGUCCAUUGCUCAUUGGGUCAUGAUACCACUAAGGUUAUUAAUAAACCUGAGUGGUGGCCGCAAGAUGUUACAUUUUCAAGUCCACUGACUAGACCCAAGAAGAUAAACGAAAACUGGAUGGCAAACCUAAAGAAAUUGGUUUUCCGAUGUUACACAUAUCACAGAAGCGAAUAUCUGUUGCGUUUUUGUUCCUAUCUCGCGCAGUACCCCCGUGAAGAAUUAGAGUAUGUUAAUAAUUGGGAUUCAACAACUAGUCUGUAUCACAAGAGCACGGGAAAACUACUAGUGACGUUUCGCAAUGAAAACAUGUAUUAUGACAGAAAAAUUGACAAUGCUCGAAGAACGUUGUUGUCUCGUGCGUCUUCAGUGGGUAAUAAGACUAAACAACAGCAACAAGUCCCUAUGAUGGUUGAACCGAGCGACGACAUUUAUCUGUGCGACAAUUGCGACGCCGAGUUUAUUGGUCUUGCAAAGAUGAAGGAACACGAAAAGAUAUGCUGCGCCGAGCAGGACCAAGGUGGUAGCGGUUCUCGCUCAUCUUCGCCAGACCUAUCUUUGAUCUCGCAAGUUGAGUUACAGCAAGAUCAGUUUCUGUCAUAUUUCCAAUUGGUUUCGAAUAAGACUGAAGAAGCGCAAUCGAGCGACGUAAAAACUGCAAAUGUUCCUGAUAACAAUAUCGUUAGACGCACGUCUCAGCGUGUUAGAAAUACCGUUAGUUUCACAAGAUGCGCGACUAUUCCGUUCUCGUCGCCCGCUGGCAUGGUACUGGCGAAGAGAUCGAAGAGCAUAAUAACCGAAGACACGCAACAAGAACGAUUAGAUAGAAUAGAGCGACACGUUGUCGCACCGGUACUAAGCCACUCAUGUAGACCAAAGUGGCUCGACACAGUUAAUUGUACCAAAUGGAUAGUGACGUACAAACCAAACCGGGAUAUAUCGAAUAACAAUUAUGUGCACCAAUAUAAGUUCGGAAAUCCUUUGAGUGACAAACCAAUACUAGACAUACGGUCGCAACUAUUGUACAUCGCUUGCCGACCUAUUCACGCUGUUCUCAAACGGCUGAACGAGAUGCAGAUUGAUGAAUUGAAAAAAGAUCCUUCGAAAUAUCAGCGUUUUCAUCAAAAGAACGUUAACGCGCCAAAGAUCAGACCGAUGAGAAAAGCGGGACCAGCUUGCAAAACGAGACCAAGAUCAAAGACAGUUUGCGGGCAAACUACUCUUGUAUCUUCGAAACGUAAAGCGGAAUUCAAUGACGAAUUGGGUUCUUCAAAUUCUGAAGACGGGGACAACGCUGCACCGACAGCUAAAGCCUUGGUCCCUUCCUCCGAAGUGUCACUUUCCAUGAACGACGUGGAAGCUACGGAAACAACAACGGAGAAAGAUUGUUCUUCGCGCGCGAUUAUGCUGAUCGAUCUUUGCUCAUCCGACGAAGAAGAAGACGAUCUGCGCAAACCGGCGUCUUGCGACGAGAACAGAGAUCCUCUUAACACAACGACGGGAUCUUCGAACGCGAAAUCGGGUUUGCAAAAAUUGUCACCGAAACAGACUUUAAGUGGAAAUAUACAUUUGUGCUUGUCAGCAAACUUUUAGAGCAACGAGAUCAGUGAAAAGCAGACGAGAAUGAGUAUCGUUUGUGUAUGCCGAUAUUUCGUCUCUCUGAUUAAUCGAUACGUUUGUACUUUGUACGCGUGUUACGUUUCUUAUAUAUAUUCCAAUAAUUAUUCCAAUGACUAUGAAUGGCUGAAUUCAUAUUUCGUUAUUGCAUGACUGUUGAGAGAUUUCACGAUAUUAUUUGAGGAAUAAACUCACACAGAUAAGUAUAACGGAACGGAUUUCAUCCAAUCCAGUUUAUAAACGUUUUAUGGAAUGUAUUAGAAACCCGUCGUGUAUAAAGUAGCGGAAGACUGUUACAUAAAAAAAGUUAACUGUUAUAUUAGUGAUGUAAAUUAAGUUUUCACAUUGAAACAUAGGCCUAUUUUAAAUUAAAAUAUGUACACAGGAAUAUACAGGAUGUAAAUCGGAAAACGUACUUUUAAUAUUUUCUACACAACAAAAAAAAAAAAAAAAAAAAACAAAAAAAAUAGCAAGUUUAAAAAAAUUAUAUUGAUUGGAAAGUUGAAGGUUAAGUAAGUAAGAGCAAUCUUGUUUUGUUUUACAUAGGUGUGUGUAUUUUUUGCUAGAAAAGAAGUUCAAAGAAAUCAUCUCUUCUUCCUUUCUAAAUCCUUCAACGAGGCAAACGAAAUAUUUGCAUUCGUUAUUAUAAAAAAGAACACAAUUAAUUGUCUUGAGUUUGCAUACAAUUAAUUGUAGCGAAUAUGUGAAUACAUGUUAUGUUUGUUCGAAUGGCGAGAGAGAGAGAGAGAGAGAUAGUUUUCAAUAUAUUUAUGAGAGGUA